AUAAAAGGGAUAUAAAACUUUUUUUUUUUUUUUUUUUUUUUGGUAUGAAUAACAAACAGGAUUUUUAAUGAACACAAAAGUUCCCCCAACAACUUCCUGGAUUCAAGGUCAGAACAAAAAAGUGAACCAUAAAUCGUCUCUUACACGCCCUAAAAUGAUGGCAUUCCUGUAUAAAAGCAAGACGUUCCCCCCUCACUAUCAAAGUGCGUGUGGAUCUACAGUAGAUUGUUUUAAAGCAAGUCAUCCAACUUCUUGACAACUUCUUCAUCAUGCAGAUGAAUUUGGUUUUGGGAUUUUGCAUCCUGGCACUCCUGUCCUUGACACAGGUUCAAGGAAACACAGCUGGCUCUACUACAUCUGGAUCAGACCAUGCAAUCAUUCCGCCAUCCACCACAAUGGCAGCCACCUCCAUCAAAACGACAACUACGGGCCCUGCGAUCGUUACUACAACGUCUGCAACCACCACCAAAACGAUCACCUCGAACAGUGCCGUGACGACAAAGACAAUCACGCAAAAACCAACGACUUCAUCCUCUACAACCAUUCCGCCAUCCACCUCCAUCAAAACGACAUCUAUGCCAACUUCCACCAACCCAAUCACAACUACGGGCCCUGCGAUCGUUACUACAACGUCUGCGACCACCCCCAAAAUGGUCACCUCGAGCAGUGCCGUAACGACAAAGACAAUCACGCCAACACCAACGACUUCACCCUCUACCUCCAGUCCUAACACUUCUCCUGGCAACACAGCUGCAACUUCAUCGACACCCGACAACGCGAUGACCUCAACCACUACUGCACACGCCAUGACCAGCACCAGCCCUACGACUCACCCCCCAAAGUCUCCUUCGAGCUUUCCUACAAGCGGCCCUCAAAACGCCACGGCAACAACCGGACCGACAACCAUCCAUACAACAGCAAGCAGAGGCUUUGGAGUCACAGAAUCUUUGUUGCUGAUGGGUGUGUCACUUCUUACCAUUGUUGUCUAAAGAAAUAAAAUGCCCUACAGACUUUUUUUCAUCUUAAAGAUUCUGUUACUCAGGCAGAAAUGUGAGGUCAAUCUGAAAAACGAGAAGGAUUCUGGUAAUCAAGGAGAAAACAAUAAUGAUUCAAUAGAACUAGUUUUUUUAACCCUUGUGUAAUGUUCAUAUUGUUGUUACUCAGCCAGAGUUUGUGGGUCCGAUGGACCCGUCGCAUUUUGUGGCUUUUAAUGUCUCACAAUCAAACACUUUUAUGUUAAAAUACUGAACAGAUGUUUAUUGGGAUAAGAUAAACAUCUGUUUAUCACUGUGUCCAAUCACACUGCCUGCUCUCAUUUUCUCGCACAUUUGACCCUCUGAUGUUCUGUGUACCUACACUCUGUCCUCCUCCUGUCUAGGCCUGCUGUGUGUGUUUGUGUUCCCUCUAAUUGUUCAUGUGUCUGAGCAAACACAAAAACUCCCUGAGCAUUCAGUGGAGCACAUGUGAGCAACAUCACACGUGGCAAUACCAGCAGCACACCUGUCUCAAACCAAUCUUUUAUAAUAACACUCAAAUGAGAGGAGUCAUUUUCAUGAGAAUAUUUUGUAAUAUUAGUGAUUUGGCAAACUUGUAAUGAAAAGAAAAGAAAUCUUGUUUUUCAUAAGCUAUGGAUUAGUAUUGUACAGUAUGUCUGGGUGGGGGUCCUGCUUUGGAAAUCAUUUGUACCCCUUUCAGAGAUCACAUUUAGUUCCCCUUAAACAUCCUCAUGUUGCACAAUGAAAUGUAAGCAUAGGAUGAAGUGUGCAUUCCUGUAACUUUCUCUAGUAACAGCAUUCCAUGAUUAAUAUCAAUAAAUCAACAUUAAUAAUAAAUGACAGUAGAAUAAUCACACGUAUGACUGAGGAGUCAUAGUGUAACUUUGUGUGGUGUUUGACUUGUCCGACUUUUUGUGUGGCCAUAAACGCACCAGUGGUUUAGUGGUAUGCGUGUUGGUGACACAUGACAAGUUGGUUUUGGCCUGGUUUGUACGGCAGAAAAUGACUAGUUUUUCGAGAUAGAAGUUUUUUACUCAUGUUUUUGGUGUGGUUAUGGGCGAAUAUAAACAGUUUUGCUCAAUAAAGUGAUCGAUAUAAUUCCUGUCCUCGAAGCAUCUCGAUAGACGUUACAAUAAUUGAACGGUGUUGACAAACACCGUUAGGGCCGCUUGUUGUCACUGUCACUCAGAGUUGCAUCGCAAAAUUACACAGAAUAAAUGUGUUUAUUUUGUUUAGAAUUCAGAUGGGAUUUGAUU